AUGGACGACGAGGAUCUGGAGGCGAUGCUCUUGCGUGCUGGCAUCCCGCCGGCAACUGCUCCGCUAGCUGAUGAUAAUGAGACGCAGCAACGUAUCGAGAAGUUCUUGCGGGUGCAGCGUGAAAGAGGGCAGGAUUUCCAGACAACGUUGCAGGACAAAAAGGAAGUGCGAAACCCCUAUAUCCUCGAGAAGGUGGUCGAAUACUUUGGUAUCGACGAGCUGCAGUCUAACUUCCCUCCUGAUGUAUUCAACCCCCAUGGCUUACCACUGCACGAGUUUGCUGAUGUGUUGGCUUUGGAACAGAAGAAGCGCGCAGACGCUCGAGCGCAACGCCAACUCCAGCAGCAACGGGGCGGCGCCGAUCCUCGCCAGAUUCAUUUUGUAUUUUCCAACUCAUUCAGCAAGCCAUGA